ACCUCGACGGACGAAACAACGACGGCAGGAGAGGCGGAGAGCGGCGGAAGGGGCCGAGCGCCCAUGAACAUCCGGUGCCGUUGCGGCGCGGAGGGACUACAGUUCCCGUGAGGCAGCGCGGCGGCCGGCGGUGCGUCGCUUGUCCCGCCGGCUGCCGGGAGGAGGCCCGGCGUCCCGACGAUGGCCGCGGGCGCGUUGCGUGUGGCGGGCGGGUGGCUGUGCCUCGGCGCCCCGGCGCGCAGGACGUUUUGGGGCGGCGUGAGGAAGAAGGAAAAAGAAGUAGAAGUGGAUAAAAUAAUUCUUGAAGAGAAAAACGAGCCCAGCCUGAUCUGUCCUCCGCCACGCAGCAGAAGUUACCUUCCUCCGGAGGAUAUUCAAAGCUUCCUUGAGUCUCAUGUCAGGGAAAUUUUUGGACCUUCACUUCCUGGUAACUGGCAGCAGACAUCCCUCAAUGAAAGCAAGCUGAAGUAUCGCCUGCUGGCUCAGCUGGCAGCAGAGCUUGGUCAUGCUGUACCCAAUUCACAACUCCACCUGAUGCGCACCGCUGAGGAUGUGUUGAAUUUCUAUAGCAGUCCUGUGAAGGAUGUGUCCAAGUUUGAUGAACUGUGUGCUGCAGAGUUACCCCCAAACUUGAAGAUAAUCUGGAAGCAGUGAGUCACACCAUGGAGCACCACUUUGCUUCACUUGUGUUCCUGAGGCUGGACUACAGAGCAGAAGCAGAGACCUGCUGAGGUGGCAAACGAGUAUAUGAAUAUCAGUAAUAAAAGCUGAGUUGUCUUCA